AUGGAUGCGGCGGGCAGGGCCGGUGGAGGGGAGCAGAGCCAUCCCGGCAGCGGCGGGGACGCCCCCGGGGACACGUCCAUGGACCGCUACCUGCGAUCUCAGGGCUUGUACAGGAAGAAAGUGGCCAAGGAUGGGUCCUGCCUUUUCAGGGCUGUGGCCGAGCAGGUGUUGCACUCUCAGUCUCGGCACAUUGAUGUUAGGAUGGCUUGUGUAGACUAUCUUCGAAAACAUAGGGAGAAAUUUGAAGCAUUCAUAGAGGGGCCAUUUGAAGAUUAUUUAAAAAGUUUGGAAAAUCCACAGGAAUGGGUUGGACAAGUAGAAAUAAGUGCCCUUUCUCUUAUGUACAAGAAAGAUUUCAUAAUAUACCAGGAGCCAAAUGCUUCUCCUUCACGUGUAACUGAAAAUGGUUUUUCUGAUAAGGUAUUGCUGUGCUUCUCAAAUGGAAACCACUAUGAUAUUGUGUAUCCCAUAGAGUAUGCAGAGAAGGCUGCUCUGUGCCAGUCUCUGCUGUAUGAGUUGCUCUAUGAGAAAGUGUUUGAUAUGGAUGUAAAGAAAAUCAUAGCAGAACUUAGCGCUGUUGGUGUGACAGAGGAAAGUAAUGGGAGCAGUGAAGUGUCUGCUUCGGAUUCGGAAGAUGACAACUACAGAAGUAAAGCUACAACAGUUAGUGAUAUGAAUGGAAUGAAGUCUCUUUCUGGCAACAAGCACCUUGAGAGCAAUGGGAAUCCCACCUCAUUGGUGUUGCCUAAAAAGGUUCUGAAAUCACUUGAUCCCUUGGUUUACAGAAACGUUGAAUACGAUGUUUGGCUCCGAUCCAAAUGGGAUCAGCAAAAACAAGAUUUCUCUAUUGCUGCUGGCAUGCAAUACUCCAUUGGAGAUAAAUGUAAAGUGCGCUUAGACCAUAAUGGGAAAUUUUAUAAUGCCCAUAUUCAAGAAGUUUUUUCAGAGAAUGGGCCAGUUGUUGUAUUUGUAGAAGAGCUUGGAGCAAAGCAUGCUGUCUCACUGAAGAGCCUUAAACCUCUUCCACAGACCUCUCCUAUGGAGGGCUGGAACACUGUGCCAGGGAAGAAGAUAAAAAAGUUUUACCCAACAUGGGGGCAGAAUGCUCAGCCUGAUGCAGAGUGCAGAGGGCCAAAGAAUCAGAGCAAGUCAAUCAAACCCCAGUCAGCACUACCUCCUCGACUUCAGCAUACUGUGGGAACCAGGCAGCAUCAGUUCUUGUGUUCUGGGCCCCAACCUCAUCAGACCUCAACUGAGCAAAAAGCUCCCGUCAGGAAUCCUUCCCAGUCUGCAAGGAAAGUGGAGCGUGAGCGAAGUGAGGAGCUGAGCCAUGGCAGCAGGGACUGUAACUACUUUGGGCUGUCUCCGGAGGAGCGCAGGGAGAAGCAGGCCAUAGAGGAGUCCCGUUCCCUUUAUGAGAUCCAGCAGCGGGAUGAACAAGCUUUUCCUGCUCUUUGCAAUAACCAGUCAGUCUGUCAGGCUGCUACACAGACUGUGGAUAAUGUAAACCAGAAAAAGUUCUCGAAUAAUGAAAGAAGAAACAGCAAGUGGACAGCAGAGGUGGAAGAGCAGAAGGAGAAAGAGUCAAAUUCCAGGCAGAUCCACUUAAGUCAGAAGCUUGAGCCAAAUUCAUCUGAGAAGAAUAGUCAAGAUGAGAGUUAUCCAAAAGCUUCAUCUCCUUUGGAACAAGUAAAAACAGAUUCUCCGAUUCUUGCUGAGCAAGUAAGAAAUGUUUGUUUGAUUUCAAAGUUUUCCAGUCAGGACACUUCAGACAAAGGGGAGCUUCAUCACAGCCACAACCUGACCGAGUGCUUGCCGACCAUUACUCCAACGCCCUCUCCAGUCUUCUCUGAGGUGCAUUUACCUCCAGCAGUGCCUUCUGUACCAGCCAUUGUGCCAGCUUGGCCAAGUGAGCCAGCAACAUAUGGACCAGCAGGUAUUCCAACCCAAAUACCUGCUUCUUCACUGAUGCCAGGACCAGCAACGGGACCUGACUCUAUUGUAUCACAGGCUCAGGUAACAUCUGCUUCAGUUGCUGGAGUUCCUGUGUGGCUACAAGCAGUUAACCAGCCUUUAAUGCCUUUGCCUCAGACUCUGAAUCCCUAUCAGGAUCCACUAUACCCUGGAUUCCCUUUUAAUGAAAAGGGAGAAAGAGCCGUUGCACCUCCUUACUCCCUGUGCAGUACUGGGGAAGACUUACCUAAAGAUAAGAACAUUCUUAGAUUUUUCUUCAAUCUUGGUGUGAAGGCAUACAGUUGUCCCAUGUGGGCACCCCAUUCUUACCUGUACCCCCUGCACCAGGCCUAUUUAGCUGCUUGUAGAAUGUACCCAAACGUGUCCCUUCCUGUGUAUCCGCACAACCCCUGGUUCCAGGAGGCUGCUCCCACUCAGAACGAAAACGAAACCGCACGACCAAACAGGCACUUUGCUGUCCAGACCGAGGCCAGGUCCAAUGGUCAGAUUCCACAGGUUGACAGAUCUCCAUCACUGCCUCUGAUCAUACCUUCAGCUCAGGUGACAGAAAGUCAAGGACAGGUCUGUGUCGAACCAGAGAAUCCAGCGCAAGCUCUUCAUGCGAACUACGAGGAGUCCCUGAGAGGGAAGAAUAUGUUCCCGCAGCCGCCCUUUGGACACAAUCACUUUCUAGGAGCUGUUCCAAUAGCACCUCCUUUCUUUCCUCACUUCUGGUAUGGGUACCCAGUUCAGGGUUUCAUUGAGAAUUCAGUAGCAAGACCUAACGUCGUCUUGUCACCUGAGGAUAAAGAGGCAGCAGUUGGCACCUCUGCCAGCAUGUACGUGGGCAAAGAAUGCAGCCCUCCAGUUCCUGGAGUGAACUGUGCAGAGCAGCUCCAGAAGAGCAACAGUGGCAGCGGCUCCAACACCGUCCCAUUCCCAGUGGCUGCUGCAGGGACUCCGAAAGACGCUUCAGCCAGGGCGCCUCAGCUGGAGCAAACCUGUCCAUCGUCUGCUUCUAAGCAGAAAGCAGAUGGGCAGCAGCAUCGCCCUCCACAGACACAGGGCCCAGAGAGGCCAACGGCAGGGCCCAGCACGCAGCCACUGCUGGCAGAACCUCCCAAAAACGAACUGAAACCCGGCACUCCUGGCCGGAAGGAGAAGCCUGCUAAAGGGAGAGAGUCCAAGGGGGCUGGGAACGUGCAGACGGAAAGCAGGGCCCAGAGAACGAGGGAAGAGAGCUCUGAAGAUGACACUGAGGUUUCUGACAUGUUGAGGAGUGGCAGAUCCAAGCAGUUCUAUAACCAGACUUACGGAGGAGGCAGAAGGCCCAGACCUGACAGGGGUUAUUCCAGCAGGGGAGGAUACCAGUUCCAAAGAAACGAGGAGGCCUGGAAAGGACCACCCAGCAGAAGCAGAGAUGACGGCUACCAGUAUCAGAGAAACUUUAGAGGGCAGCCAUACAGAAAUGACAGGAGAAGGGCAACACUGGGAGAUAAUCAGAGGGGGCAGCAAGCAUAAAAUGAGUGGAUAAUUGGAAAAUUUAAGAAGCAAAAAGUAAUUUGAAGUAGCAGUUUAAAAUCUUAAUUUCUUUUUAGUGAAGUUCAAUGAUACAUUUAAUUUUUGGCUAAUUUGUGGCAAGUAAAGACUAGGAGGAUGUCAAGUCCUACAUAGGGUUUUUGGGGGGAUUUUAGAGUUUGUUUGGCUUAGCAGUUUUUCUUCAAUGUCAAAUUAGGAAAAAAAAAAUAGGUUUAGUAUUGGGUUAUUUUUUUUCCCCAAAAGGUUUGCGUUUGUGAUAGAAGAUGGGUAUGUGCGUUUACUAGAGUGACAAAUGACAGCAUUUGAUGUGAUCUAGAUUCUAAAAUUGACAGUAACAUUGCACCAAAUAUAAAUGUAUAUUUUAUCAUUCAAUGCCUUAGUUCUGAACUGAGCUAAAGGAAUUCUCAGCCUACUGCACUGUUGUCUCUGAUAUGCUUCCAACCCAAAGGCCUUUCAUCUCAAAAAGAAAAAAUAUCUGUCAAACUUGAAUGUUUCUCUUGUGUGUUACACGUAUGGCAGCCAGCUAACCCUGUGUCUUAGGUAUGUUGUAUAUAGUUCUUUUCAUAAUCAUAGGGUAUAUUUUUGAAUUUUAAAAAGCAUUUAUUUGUUGAAAUCAAAAUCAAGACAAGCAGUCAAGAAUACCUGUGUAUGAACUGAUAAGAAUGGCUGUUUCCACCAUGAAUUCUUCUUAAUGCUGGUGUGACUAGAAUGGUGCCUAUGCCAACUGAAUAAUUACAAAGACAAUAAAAAUGUAGAUGCUAUGCAUUUCCAAAAUAAUUCUGCAUCUGUUAUAAUAGCAGAAAUUUUUUUAAUGCCACUUUAACACUAAUGCACUGACAAAUCCUAGAUAUUUUGUGAGGAGAUGCAUAAAGUACGUGUUACGUUUUUUUAAGUUUGUACGAUUGAGCUACUGUUCAGUAUUCUUUUGUUGUUGCACUGUUGAUGUUUUGCAUGUACAACUCCUUGCUGGAACUACUUUUAAAAGCAAGAAUGGAGAGUCUCAGUGUGCUCUGCUCUUCCCUACAAUUCAGAAGAAAGUGGCUUCUGCCUUAUAUUUUUACACUGUGUCAGAGUUCUGAUGCUGUUUCUUCUGAGCCCGGUUACGAUCUCCAGUGUUCCUGUUGCCUUUGCAGUCUGGAUGUUCAGCUGUCCAGGCUCGGAGAGUGCAGUGUGCACAGUAUUCACUCAGCUCUGUUGCUCUGUAAAAUUGAACUGUUGUGUAUAUUUUUAUAUCUCUGUAUACAGUAGUAUAGGUGAUGGUACCCAUUCAUUGUGUCUGAGAUUGUACACCCUUGGUGCAGAAACCAGAGUGAUAGUUACAUGAUAAAAAGUUUGUUUUCAGAUGCAUGCUAUGUAUAAAACCCUAAUUAAAAUAAAUGUUUUGUCUUUUCA